AAACACUGCUUUUACUCUCUACACUUUGAUUCUCUCAACUCCAGAGUUGUUACUCCUAAAGAAUUGACCAACCCUUUGAGUUCUAGUGAAUCUGAUACCAAGAUACUUGGUUCUUGUAAUGGGUUGUUGUUGAUAUCUAAUACUGUAAAUGACCUUGCAUUAUGGAACCCUUCUACUGGGAAGUACAAAAAGUUACCAGUUCUGAGUGUUGUUGUUAGAGAAAAUGGUUAUGUUACAUUUGGUUUUGGAUAUGAUGUUGCCAAUGAUGACUAUAAGGUUGUUAGAAUUAUGCAGUUUCUUGGUACAGAAAAGGGUAGUUUUUUUAGCUCUGAUGUUAAGGUUUAUAGUUUGAAAUCGAAUUCUUGGAACGGGGUUGAGGAAUUUCCUUAUUUACUCCGAUAUAAAGAGGAACCAGGUAAAUAUCUAAAUGGUGCGCUUCAUUGGAUUGUCAAUAUUGAGAUGAAGAUACCCUUGCAGAGACUGAUUGUUUCGUUUGAUCUUGAAACUGAAAAGUGUCGGAUUGUACCGCAUCCCCCGUAUUCCGACGAAAACUUUAGUGUGAAGUUGGAGGUGUUGGGAGGCUGUCUUUGCACAUAUCACUCCUACUGGGGUGAUUUUUUUAUCGAUGAUUGGGAGCAUAUGGAUCGUUGUUUGGACUAUAUGGAUGUAUGGGUAAUGAAGGAAUACGGUGUUAAGGAAUAGUGGACAAAGAUUGUGUCAAUCAAACGGCCUGAUAAUCAUAUUGGAAGUCUUAUGGUCCCUCUGGCAUACUCCAACAGUGGAGAGGAAAUUCUGGUGGAACUAGAUAAUAAGCGGUUCCUAUGGACUAAUAUUAACAAGGGCGACACAAAGAUUGUUGAUACUCAAUUUGGCACGUUACGGGCCUUCCUAAAUUUCAACAGUUAUGUCUACUUGGGAAGCCUGGUUCAGCUCGGUUCAAGUGAGGACACAAGUUAUCUGAAGAAACAGUUUAGUCAAGAUGAAAGAGGACAAAGGAAAACCUUAAAGAAGAGAGGAGAUGAUUUCCUUUCAAAGGGGUUCAAGUUGAAGCUUUGAGCUAUAUGUAACGUGAAGAUUUUGACAGGCAAGGUAUCUUCUGUUCUUCUCUUUAUAAUCAAUCAAUAGGAAUGUUUUUUGGUACUGAGGAAAACAAUUUCUAUGUAAUAUAACUACUUCGUUCUGCUCUUCUCUCGAUCUGUUUCCCGGUUAGUAGUCAUCGGUUUUAAUGAUAUAAGUUAUUAUAUGUUC